AUGGUUUUGUUUGAAAGCUCGGCAAAAUUUAAAAAAGAUCCCAACAACAACAACUACGUCAUCAACAUCAACAACAACAUCAGCAACAACAACAUCAACAACAACAACGUCAAAAGUAAUUUAUUGAAUCAGAGAUUUGGUAGAGACAGUUUGGUUAGCGUCGACAGACUGGCCGCUCACAUCUUCAACAACAACAACAACAACACCAUACAAAGAAAUAAAAAGAAUACUACUACUAACAACAACAAUAACAAUAAUAAUAAUAAUAACAAUAAUAUAAAUAAUAUAAGCAGCCCAAGUUCUGUUUAUACAAGAAGCAUCAGCCCAACGACUUCUGAGUCUACAUUUAAAGCCAGAUCAAGAGCCACGUCGCAUAAAGAGGGUUAUUACCCUGUUAAGUCGACCCUACUGUCCGCAGGGGGGUUCGAAAGUACCCCGUACAGAGGGGGGCGCAGGAAGGAACCACCCCCGCCCUGCUUGGACGCUGAGGGCAUGAAAAAGUGGGAGAAAGAUAGAAUGAAAAAGGAUAAUCAUAACAUCAUCGAGAAACGCCGAAGGUACAAAAUAAAUGAUUGCAUAGCUGAGAUUGGAAGGCUCCUCCCACCUGUAUACGACAUGGAUGUGCUGAACAAGAAGGGGUCCAUCUUGCAGACGUCUAUCGAGUACAUUCGAUUGCUUCAAAGCGACCAGCAAGAAUAUUUCGCCAUGCAAGCGGAAUUUCAACUCCUUCAAGAAACUAAUAAGCAGCUAAAGAUGGAAGUUCAGGAACUGAAGUUGCAUAACUCAAAGACAUCGUCAUCAUCAUCAUCAUCCUCAUCGUCUUCAUCACCAUCAGAAACAUGCAACACAGCAAAGUCUAUAGCCGAUUACAUCAACAACAACAACAUCAACAACAAUAAUAAUAACAUUAAUAAUAAUAAUAACAUUGAUGAUGAAAAUGAUGUCAUUGAUCAUAAAAAUUAUGUUAAUAAUGAUGUCAUAGCGCUUGUAAAUAUGAACGAUUUUUCAAUUGUUGAUAUAAGCAACAGCAACAACAACAACAACAGUUAUAACAUCAAAAUGGAAAAAGAGUUAGACUUUUACGAUUUCGAUAGUCAUGUUCUAGAGGAAUCUUUAAAUUAUUUCGAGAACAGCAACAACAACAACAUUAAUAACAUUAACAGCAACAACAACUCACAAUAUUACGACUCAAAAUACUUCACGACAUUAGCUAACAACAACAUCUACCUUAGUGAUACAUCUUUAGAAUUAAACAACAAAAACAAGACCAACAUCAACCACAACAUCAACAACAACAACUUCAUAUUUUACAAUGACUCAACGAAUAAUGAUAACUUCUUUAAAAGCAGCAGCAGCAACUUACCAAAUGACGCCAUCAAUAACAGCAACAACUUCUACGACUUACCGCAAGAAUUUAUGACGUCAGCAACAACAACAACAACAUCGUCGUUGCAUGACUUCACGAAUGACAUUAACAACGAUUGUAACAUCUUUGAUUUCUUCGCUAAAGAUUUUGGCAACACCGAUGAAUAUAUAGGAUUUUUAUGA